AUGUGCUCCCGAAGGCAGAGUCUGAGGCUGUGGUGGCUGCAGUAUCGAGAUCAGUUUUGCCCGACCAUCUGUAAGUCGCAUGGCUGCACUGCUGACGGCCUCUGCUGCCACAGCGAGUGCUUGGGCAACUGCUCUGAGCCCGACGACCCCACCAAGUGUGUGGCCUGCUGAAACUUCUACUUGGACGGCAGGUGCGUGGAGACCUGCCCGCCCCCGUACUAUCACUUCCAAGACUGGCGCUGCGUGAACUUCAGCUUCUGCCAGGACCUGCACAACACUUGCAAGAAUUCACGGAGGCAGGGCUGCCACCAGUACGUCAUUCACAACAACAAGUGCAUCCCCGAGUGUCCCUCUGGGUAUACGAUGAAUUCCAGCAACUUGAUGUGUACUCCAUGCCUGAGCCCCUGUCCCAAGGUCUGCCACCUCCUGGAAGGUGAGAAGACCAUUGACUCGGUGACAUCCGCCCAGGAGCUCCGAGGCUGCACGGUCAUCAACGGGAGCCUGAUCAUCAACAUUCGAGGGGGCAACAACCUGGCAGCUGAGCUAGAGGCCAACCUUGGACUCAUUGAAGAAAUUUCAGGAUAUCUGAAAAUCCGCCGGUCCUAUGCUCUUGUGUCACUUUCCUUCUUCCAGAAGUUACGUCUGAUUCGGGGAGAGACCUUGGAAAUUGGAAACUACUCUUUCUAUGCCUUGGACAACCAGAACCUAAGGCAGCUAUGGGACUGGAGCAAACACAACCUCACCAUCACUCAGGGGGAGCUCUUCUUCCACUAUAAUCCCAAACUCUGCUUGUCUGAAAUUCACAAGAUGGAGGAGGUUUCGGGAACCAAGGGGCGCCAGGAGAGGAACGACAUCGCCCUGAAGACCAACGGGGACCAGGCGUCCUGUGAAAAUGAAUUACUUACAUUUUCUCACAUUCGGACAUCUUCUGAUAAGAUCUUGCUGAAAUGGGAGCCGUAUUGGCCCCCUGACUUCCGAGACCUCUUGGGGUUCACGCUCUUCUAUAAAGAGGCGUAA